CCCCACGCCCUGCUCCCCCACACCACCACCGCCGCCGCCGCCGCCGGUUACCGUCACGGCGUGUCACACCCCUCUCUCUUUCCCUCUCCCCCUCUGACAAGGACAGCCAUGGCGAGCCACGCGCACGGGCACGGCCUGCUGCUCGACCCGGCCGCGCUCGCCUACUCCUGGGCCGCCGAGCCGGAGAUCCCGCCGCAGCUGCUCGCCGCGCUGGGCGAGUACCUCUCCUCCUCCGCCGCUGGCUCCCACGGGGGCAACCAGUCUGCCGUCGACGCCGAGGCCGACGCGGAGGCGGACGACGAGUUCAUGAUGUACGAGUUCAAGGUGCGGCGGUGCGCGCGCGCGCGGAGCCACGACUGGACGGCCUGCGCCUACGCGCACCCGGGGGAGGCGGCGCGGCGCCGGGACCCGCGCCGCGUGGCCUACGCGGGGGAGCCAUGCCCGGACUUCCGCCGCCGCCCGGGCGCCGCGUGCCCGCGCGGGGCCUCCUGCCCCUUCGCGCACGGCACCUUCGAGCUCUGGCUCCACCCGUCCCGCUACCGCACCCGCCCCUGCCGCGCCGGCCCGGCCUGCCGCCGCCGCGUCUGCUUCUUCGCGCACGCGGCCGGGGAGCUCCGCCUCGCCUCCCACCACAAGGGGCCCGACUCGCCGCUGGCGCUGUCGCCCAAGUCCACGCUCACCGCGCUCUGGGAGUCGCCCCCGGUGUCGCCGGUGGAGGGCAGGAUGAGGUGGCUGGACGCCGUAGACGACGCCGCCGCCGCCGACGCCGAGGUCGAGGAGAUCAUGCUCGCAAUGCAGCAGCUCAGCUUCGCCAACGCAGCAGCACCGUCGGCACCGUCGGGAACGCUGCCGGCGGUGACGGAGGACGACGGGCCGGACCUGGGGUGGGUGUCGGAGCUGGUCAUGUGAUCAAUCAGGAGACCGAAGCUCUCCAGCAGCGCUCCUCGUGCCCCGGCAGCAAGCAAGACAGCAGCAGCUCCAGUAAUUAAUUAAGUACUCCUAUUAUAUUAAGCAACCUAUUAAAUUCUACCAUGCAUCAUUCUUCUGUAGAUAAACAAGCGCGUAUGGUGCAAGCUGAAUACAGCAAAGAAUUGUAAAAUUGUUAAGCGUGGCGUUCGUGUGUGAGCGCCUGUUUUUUUUUCCGAGACCAGCAAUGGUUUUGGAUUAGUUGGAACUAAAUGAGUGUAAUGGGCUAGUAGCCUCCCCUUGUUUCGUGAUCUAUAAUAUCAUUUGAUUUGAUGGUACUUCCGAGUGCAGCUAGCG